AAACGCCAAACACAGGCAGACUUCGAUUCGAUUGGCUUUCGAUUUGUCCAUCGCUGUGAUUUUGUGUGUGGAGGGAUUGUGGUAUUUUUGAAGGAAGCUGUGAGCGUGAUUACAUUAAAAACCUUCGGAAAUACACAGACAAUAGCAUAAAAAAUGAGGAAAAGUGAUGAGGAUAGUUCUACAAGCGCACCAACUUUUCGCAUAAUACGUGAAGUUUACGAAAGCACUAAUGCACAUGAACGCUUUGAAGCAGAGCUGGACAAAGCGCUGGAGGCUAAAGUGGAUUACAUAAUUAUCGAACCGCCCAGGCUGGGCGAUGAAACUGAACGAUGGAUAACCGUUGGGAACUGCUUACACAAAACAGCCGUAAUUUCAGGAGUCGCUUCUCUUAUAUCUAGUUUGUUAUGGCGGGAUCGGCCAGUGAUUGCAGCGCCGAUGUGCGCUGUUUCGCUUUUCUGUGCAGGAUUAUAUACAGUAUCUUGGAAUUAUGAUCCAUGCUGCCAGUAUCAGGUGGAGAACGAUGAAGAAAUUCUAAGCAAAUUACCACUCGGUGAUGUGUCUGCUCCUAUGAUACUAGGCUAUUCGCCUAAUAACAAAACAAAAUAUUUGCAUCGCAGUGUCACUUUAUUAUCAGCAGCAUUCUGUGCAUGGCAAAUAUGGCGGUCGUACAAGUAGCUGAGCAUACCAACACCCAGCCGUAUUGUCUGAGUGAAGUUGCAUGCUUUUGUGAUUAGAUGAAAAGUAGAAUGUCAAUGCCACACCAAUGUACUACUGAAUUUUGUACAUUUAUCGUUUUUAUUGCAUGCAACCGCGCCACCACGUACUCGCCACCGUACCACAAUCUCCACCAGUAGUACCCAAAUGACCACGAACACACACAGGGAUACAUUAGGCGUCUCAACUGCAGCGAUAAUAACUGCAUUAGCUCAGCGUGGAUUAGUAAAUACUUGAAAGUUGUUGAUGGAUAAACAUCCCAAUUUUUUUUUAUUUAAUGCAAUUAACGAACUUUUAUUUUGUAUUUUUUUUUUACAAAUAGUAAGAAUGAAGCUAAAAUAAGACGUUAGUGUAAAAGAGUGUGUGGAAAUAUUUUGACAACGAAAUUCACAAUUGCAAAAGUUUAUCAAAAGACGAUUUGUUGGAAUACAAUACAAAUGUAAGGUGAAAAAUUAUUAAAUUAAUUGUACGUUUAAAUGUUUCGUUUAGCUAAAAGUUUAAGUAAAAAUGAACAACAAACUAAAUUUAUGCAUUUCUUUCAAUUUUUACUUCAUUUUGAGACUGCAUUAUUAUUCGAGUGAUAUUGCGUACAUACCGAUCUAUAUACCACAUGUAUAUCGGCUAUCUGCAUUGUUCUAAGCCUCUUGUGUGAAAAUCUUGGCGUUGAGCAGCAAUAAACUACAUUCACAUUGAAAAGUGUUUAAGCAUAAAUUGUUUUAAUCGUUUAGACAUACAAAUAAACAAAUUGAACUCAAGAGUAAUUCAAUUAUUAAAGUAUAAUUAUAAAUGUUUAGCAAUAAAACAUAAAUAAAUAAUAUAUUGGAAUCGUCUUAUGAAGCGUAAUUUUGUUUUAGCAAAUAAUUCAAAAUGUAAAACGUUCAAAUGUAUCUAAUACAACGCAAAAAAGCAUAAAAACAAUAGAAAAAACGCAAACAAAAGUCCAAAAAAUAAUACGAAAUGAAAGAAGUAUAGAAAUAAAUAAAUAAAGUUUGAAAAAUAUUAA